AUGGCUUCCGCAACGUCCACCCCAGGUUCUCUUGGCCCUGCAGGAGGUCCUCGGCCCAACACACCAAACGGUGGAAUGGAUGAGCUUCUUCCAUUGGUGAUCCAACUGACAAAUGCCGAACAGAGGGAAGUUGUGCUAUUGGAGCUGUCAAAAAAGAGAGAAUCAUUUGCUGACUUGGCACCAAUUCUUUGGCAUUCGACGGGGACUGUUGCAGCAUUACUACAGGAAAUUGUUUCGAUCUACCCACUCCUUACUCCUCCUACUUUGACUGCUCAUGCGUCCAAUCGCGUCUGUAAUGCUUUGGCGUUGUUACAAUGCGUGGCAUCGCACUCUGACACUCGACAGCCUUUCCUCGCAGCUCAAAUCCCGCUAUAUCUUUACCCUUUCUUGAAUACACAGUCAAAGUCGCGGCCAUUUGAAUACCUAAGACUUACGAGCUUGGGAGUCAUCGGAGCCCUUGUAAAGGUUGAUGAUGCUGAGGUCAUAUCGUUUUUGUUAUCAACGGAAAUAAUUCCACUUUGCUUGAGAAUCAUGGAGACUGGAUCAGAGCUUUCGAAAACCGUUGCCACUUUCAUUGUCCAAAAGAUUCUUCUAGAAGAGACUGGGCUUAACUACGUUUGUGCCACCGCUGAACGGUUUUACGCUGUCAGCACUGUGCUGGCAAAUAUGGUACAGCUUCUGAAACUGCAUCCUAGUGUGCGGCUAUUGAAGCAUGUAGUUCGGUGUUAUCUUCGUUUGGCAGAUCAUCCCAGAGCGAGAGAUGCGUUGAAAACGUGUCUACCGAAUUCUUUAAGGGAUAACACCUUUGGACCUCAUCUACACAACGACCCAACUGUACAGAAAUGGUUGUCGCAACUGCUUGGUAUUGUUGGUGCCGGUGCAGUAGAGGAAGGAAACGGAAACGCAAAUAUGUAA